GUAAUGUUCACGGGUCAAAAAGUCCAAGUCAAAAAGACGAAAGACAGGGCAUCUUCCGGGAAACCAGAUAAAGCAAAGAAGAAAAAGGUAGGCCAUUUUCCCGGAAAAUAGAUGAAAAAGACUUAGAUAUUGUGGAAUAUAGUUCAAUUACUCAAUUAGCUGAUGUUUUAGUUUAGCCUGCCUUGUUUAUGCGAAGGACCUUUCAUCACUUGCAGCAGUUAAUGGCUUCCUCUUCUUCUUUUUCCAUUACUCGUAAACCUAGUAUGACGUUUUCCUUAGUUUCUGUGGUGUGGACACCGGAAGAAACAUUGUCAGCCAUCUAUAUGAAGCCUUUUAUCAGAAAAAGAUUAAAACUUUCAUUGAUGAUAACCUUUAUAGAGGAGAAGAAAUUUCUCCCUCUCUUUUGAUUUUGAAGGCAAUUGAACAUUCAAAGAUCUCGGUUAUCAUUUUCUCUAAAGGCUAUGCUUCCUCCAGAUGGUGUCUCAAAGAACUUGAAGAGAUUGUUAAUUGUAAGAAUAUGUAUGAUCAGAUUGUAAUACCAGUCUUCUAUGAGGUUGAUCCAUCUGAUGUCAGGAAUCAAACUGGGGAUUUUGGGCAAGCAUUUGCUGAGCUUGAAAAGCGUUUUAUGGAUGAUUUAGAGACGUUGCGGAGAUGGAAGAAUGUUUUGACGGAGGCAGCCAACCUAUCUGGUUUUUGUUUAAGGAACUCCAGGAACGAGGCCCGACUUAUCAAGGAAAUCGUAGAAGAUAUUAUGAAGAGAUUGCAAUAUACGUCUCCUAAAGAUAUUUGGAAGAGACUGUUAUAUACGUCUGCUAUAUAUGAACUGGGUUGGAGGCAUCUUUCUGUGUUUUUCCUUGUCGUGGAGGCAAUAUCAGUGGUGUUGGAUGCAUAUGGAAAAAGCAAAAAGAAUUUUCUUCUUGCUGCAUUUGUCUUGUCAGCCUUUGGUUUUAUUAUAACCAUAUAUGCUUUUAUCAGGAAAAGAAGCACUGCAGCAUAUAAACAAAGAGCUGAGAGGGAACUUGCGUGGGUGGAGGUUGCCUUCUCUGUGCUCCAAUUAGUUACUGUAUUUAUUCAAUAUAUUCUAGCUGUUGCAAAAGUGAAGAACAGUUACAGCCCAUCGCUUUUCCCCCUAGUCUUUGCCCUUGUUGUUGUCGUGUUUGCUUUCAAGAAGGAGCAAAUUUCGCAUAGCCAGGUACGCAUUGAAUUUAUUAAUUUGGCUUGGUGUUUCAUGUGCCCUUACUCUACUUAGCAUUUGACUUCCAAUCAAAUACUAUUAAUCUCAUUGCUGUAUUGUGCAAUUUUA